AAUCGAGUACUCAAAACCGUGUGCCGCUAACAUUUCCCAUAUAUUUUUGUAGUACCAUUAGCCCUAAUAAAGUUCCACCGUCCUUCAACCUUGAUAUAAAACCAAACCAUUGAAGAAUCAAAAAACUUUGAUUGAUUAAGAAAGAAAAAUCCUCAAGCGAGAACAAAAGCGAUGGCCUCGUUCGAGCAAGCACCGCCUGGAGAUGCGAAAGCCGGAGAGAAGAUCUUCAAGACCAAGUGCGCUCAGUGCCAUACCGUCCAAAAAGGAGCCGGUCACAAGCAAGGGCCAAAUUUGAAUGGGCUUUUUGGGAGGCAGUCUGGCACAACAGUGGGAUACUCGUAUUCCGCUGCUAACAAAAAUAUGGCUGUGGUUUGGGGAGAGAACACAUUGUAUGACUACUUGCUUAAUCCUAAGAAGUAUAUUCCUGGUACAAAGAUGGUUUUCCCUGGAUUGAAGAAGCCACAGGAACGUGCUGACCUCAUUGCAUAUCUGAAGGAAUCAACUUCCUGAUGCGUCUGCGUUAUAUCAGCUAUUUUGAACAAAAUGAAGAGUUUUUUUAUCAAUAAUGUAGGAAAAAAAACUAGGCCAUUCUUAAAAUAAAAACCUAUUACCAGCUCCAAGAUAAUUUGGGUUUUGGAGUUCAAGUAUUGAAAAGAUUUUUUGUAAGACCAAUCUCAUGAGAAUGAGGCAUUUCAAAUUUUCUUGAACCUUUGAUGAUUUAUUCAGGCCCUGACAGUUGCCCUGUUAGGUGUCUUUUAACUUGCGAUGGUAUCUUAAUUAUUAAUUGACGUGGCGAUUUUGGGGUG